AUUAUAACCGUGAGAUAAUUUCCGUUAGCUUUUUGUUGAAAUCCGUCGUCGUUGCAAUAUUUUUUAUUAGGAAAAAAACAUUAUACAUCUUCCCCGAUGUCAUGAUAUACGAACAACAGCGGACGUAAUCCCUUUUACCUCAAAUUCCUUCGUAUAUUUCUCUCCAUUUCUCUCCCCCGAUUUCUCUUCUUCCCCUUCCCCUUCACCUCAAAUUCAACAACAGCAGCUAAGUGGAAUACUUGAAACUACGAUUGCUUCACAGAAACCCCCCAACACAAACUCUCUCUUUGGACUCUGAGCGUCUCUCUGUUCUUGUCUUGGCCCUGCGCAGCCGUAGAGCCUUCAAGGCUCCCAUUGUUUCCGGCGCAUCGACGGGCUCCGGCCAGUAUUUCGUCGAUUUCAGGAUCGGAACCCCACCUCAGAGCCUCCUCCUUGGGGCGGAUACAGGCAACGAUCUCGUCUGGGUCAAGUGCUCUGCUUGCUGAAACUGUAGCAAACACCCUCCAGGCUCGGCCUUUUUGGCUCGCCAUUGAACCACAUUUGCUCCGAUCCACUGUUACGGCUCAGCGUGUCAACUCGUCCCUCACCCUCUGAAACACCAGCCCUUAACCACACUCGCCUCCACAGUACUUGCCGCUACGAUUACUCGUACGCCGAUGAGUCUAGAACAAGUGGGCUUUUUGCCACAGAGACGACGAUGUUGAAUACGAGCUAUGGAGGAGCUGCUCGGCUGAAAAACCUUGCUUUUGGUUGUGGGUCGGGGAAGCUUUAUAUUAUGUUGUGUAUCGUGAAGGAGCUAUUCAGAACCUUCAACUAUGGAGGGUGUUUGAAACUCAAGUUUUAGUUUUGGAGAGAACCUUCCAACUUAAAACGAUGGGUUGCUGAUGGGCAAUUCAACCAAAUCAUAUGAUUUAUUAGUUCUGAACACUGGGGGUCGGAUCAUGGUGGUCGAGUCAUUGGCGUUGCUGCUCUUCUGAUUAAUUGAGAAUAUUUCAUCUGCAUAGUUGGGAGGUAACACAGUAGAUCAAAAAAGAUGUUGGAAUGUUCUUCCCGUUUCCUGUCUCCUUUCCGCGAAGAAAGCGGUGAUGAAGAGUUGUCUAUGCUUCCUCGGCACACGAAAGUCAUUGUUACAGGGAACAACCGGACAAAAUCUGUUUUGGUGGGUCUGCAAGGGGUUGUCAAAAGGGCUGUUGGACUCGGCGGUUGGCACUGGCUGGACUACAUCUUGAGGACUCUGAUUGGCGCGGGUGAACAGCUUGAUGGGGUCUAUGUCUUCAAGGGUGUGGCACCGGUUCGAGCUUACAAGACAGAUGGAAUUGGGUCAUGCGAUUUGUGGCAUCGGAGAUUGGGACACCCUUCUUAUCAAACGAUUAACUUCUUAAUAUCAGUAAUAAUAAGAACGAAACCUGUGAUGUUUGUUUGAAGGCAAAACAAACUAGAGAUGUUUUUAUUCAAAGCAGCAAUAAGGUGACUGAUUGUUUUGCAUUAA